AGUAACAAGACAAGAUAUCACCACAGAAAGUGAGUGAUUGCACUUCAUUUGACGGAGUUUGAAAGCGACACAAUUCUUGUUUGCAUAAGCCAGCUUGUAGCCAGCUAUUCCUUGGUCUAAAAUGGACGGUCCUCUUACACUUCUGGGGAGAGCAUCGACGUUACAUGAAGCCGCUGAGGAUUGCUCAACAAGGAAGCCAAGUGCCGCAGAAAAGAGUCCGUUCCUAGCGAAGUUCUUGCAGAAACCGUUGAGAAUCGUGAUCAAAGAUGGCCGUGUGCUGACCGGAAGGUUGCUGUGUACGGAUCGCGACUGCAACAUCAUCUUGUCAGACUGCGAACAGAUCCUUCCCAUGCCAGACGGCACACCCGCAUCGCCGUCGCCACCGUCCAGUGCUGCCAUCAACACGGGUAUGGUGAUGGUACCCGGGUGUGAGAUUGUCACCAUGAGCAAGGAAGCCACUCCUGGAAGGUGGAAGAACACCGAUCUGCAUGAUGGCAUUGACGAGGGGUUCUCCUCGCUAUCAAUGCGGAGUGCUUGAAGCGGGGUGGCCGCGACGAAUUGUUCCACGCCGGUCUGUCUUGCUGCGCGUCCGCCUCUCUGUACUGUUCUUGCGUAGACAAUUGUGGCGGAGGUGAUGCUGAUGGUGGUUGUGGUGGUGGGUGCCUUGUUGUCGAUAUGUGUGUUAUCCAGUCUCCAUCGUGUUCGGUGCGACCCGACUACGUGUAGCUGCUGUUCUUGUGGCGUUUACUAGGUACCUUGUGCCCGUCGCAGUUAACCGUGCUGAGCACUCGCCGAGUUCUAUUGCCCUGGAGAACGAAGCACACCACCUGUGCUACCUAUCCGUCAACUCCUCGAGGCGCGUUGAUGGGUGUCCGUGUCCGUAGCAGCAGCAGCAUCAUCAGUAACACCAGCUGGGUUUGUGUGGGCAGGCUACGCUAGGCAAGCGCUGUGUCAAGAGGCUGUUGUGCGGCUCUCUGUGCGCCACUGUCUUCUGUCAGGCUGCAGUUCGUUUUGCAUUCCCGGCUGCUGUUCGUUCUGCAUUCCCGGCUGCUGUUCGUUCUGCAUUCCGGGUUGUUGUUCGUGCUGUGUGUAUGGCUUGUUUGUCUGUUGGUUUUGUGAGCGUACAAAGUGUUGGCUGCAUUGACAUGGUCUCGAGGUGGCAUCCGACGUGAACUGCUUGCUGUCAUCAUACCUGCACUGAGCAUGCUCAGCAUGAUACGCCCACUGUUGUGUACUCAUACCCGGGCUGAGUCAACACCUGGGUGCUGCUUGAGGUACUAUCCAGGGAGUAGUAAAACACUGGUAUUCUACUACUCCCUGGUGCUAUCCGACUAUACUGCGUGUUCAGUGGCCUUGCUUGAGUGAGACUCGCCUUCGUGAUAAUUUGGCGGAGAUCGGCGCUUGUUCGAAGGCGAUGUCUUGUGUUCGGCAAACUCAGCCCGACCUCGACUAGAACGUACACUGUGUGUGUGUGUGUGUGUGUUUGUGUGUGCACGUGCUGUUCCUGCACAUGCUGUGCCUCCGGUUCACUGCCCGUCGCCAUUGCCCCAUGACUUUUCUGCUUAUGCUCCGCUGCGCUUGUAUCCGAGAAACUAUUGCAGCGAGGGCCAUGUGUGCUUGAGUGUAUGCUGUAUGUGGCUAAUACACUCACCAUUGCUUGCUUAGACCGGCGCAGCAGCUCAUUCUGAAGUUCUAUUUUGCUACACACUGUUUUACUGGGCACAGGCGCAUAUUUUCUACGCACGGAUGCUCUCCGCUUUCCUCGGCGCCAGUUGCAAGAUUAGCUGCAGUGCCAGCUCUCAUUGUCAAGUGCACUGUCACUAAAGUACAGCACUGUCUGGGUGUGUGUGCAUAGGAAUUCACUACACUCUCCUCGCA